AUGACUUGGUUCAAUGAUGGAGAUAAAAAUACUAAACUCUUUCAUGCUCAUGUGACUUGGUUCAAUGAUGGAGAUAAAAAUACUAAACUCUUUCAUGCUCAUGUGAAUGGAAAGAGGAAGAGACUGCAGCUAAAGAGAAUUCAGAAUAAUGCUGGACAAUGGGUGGAAGAUACAGAAAGAAUUGCAGAUGAAGCAGUUAGAUUUUUUCAAGCACAGUUUCAUGAAGAUGUAGUUGCUACAGAAUUUCAGAUCAUUAAUCAUGUCCCUCAAAUGGUUAAUGGGGAGAAGAACCAGGAACUAUUGAAACAACCUACUAGGGAGGAGGUCAAACAGGCAGUAUAUGGAUUAAAUGGAGACAAUUGUGGUGGUCCAGAUGGUUUUAAUGGUAGUUUUUUUCAUUCAUGUUGGGACAUUGUUGGGGAUGAUAUGGUGGAGAUGGUGAAGGCUUUUUUCAAUGGGCAGGAGCUACCUAGGUUUAUCACUCAUACAAACCUAGUCUUAUUGCCAAAGAAGAAGGAGGUACUCAAUUUUUCUGAUAUGAGACCAAUUAGCUUAAGUAAUUUCAUCAACAAGGUAUUUUCUAGAGUGAUUCAUGAAAGGCUAGUUGGUCUACUUCCUACACUAAUUUCUGAUGAGCAAGCUGGAUUUGUGAAGGGCAGAAGCAUAGUGGAAAAUAUAUUGUUGACACAGGAAAUCAUAACUGAUAUUAGACUGAGAACUAAAGCAGGUCCUAAUGUGCCACAUGGUUUUUUCAAAUCUACUAGAGGGGUUAAGCAAGGUGAUCCAUUAUCUCCUACGCUUUUCAUUCUGGCAGCUGAGGCAAUGUCAAGAGGGCUGAAUUCUCUUCAUUAUAAUCUAUAUUUUUGUGGAUUUGGGUUUCCAAAAUGGAGUCCUAAGAUCAAACACUUGGCUUAUGCUGAUGACACCAUAAUAUUCUCCUCCUCAGAUGCAACUUCGUUGCAGCUCAUUAUGCAAGUUUUGACAGCAUAUGAAGCAGCUUCAGGAAAACUGAUCAACAAAGCAAAAUCAGCUAUUUAUAUGCAUCAUCUAAUUGAUGAAGACGUAGUGAGAAAGUUAGAAAGAGUUACUGGCAUUGGAAGGCAAGAUUUCCCAUUUACAUAUUUGCGAUGUCCUAUCUUUUACGCUAGAAGAAAAAUGGAUUACUAUCAAGGGAUGAUAAAAAAAAUGAUAGACAAAUUGCAAUCUUGGAAGGGGAAGCUACUGUCGAUUGGAGGAAGAGCAGUUUUGAUUUCUCAUGUAAUACAAAGUAUGCCUAUUCAUCUGUUAUCAGCUGUAAAAGCACCUGCCUCUGUGAUCAACAAACUACAUAAACUGAUGGGAAGGUUCUUUUGGAGUAGUUCUAUUGAAGGAGGACAUAGGCAUUGGGCUUCAUGGGAUACUUUAUGCUUGCCAGUUGAAGAAGGUGGAGUAGGAUUUAGAUCACUUCAUGAUGUAUCUAAAGCCUUAUUCUGCAUGCUGUGGUGGAAUUUUCGAACAAAGCCAUCAUUGUGGAGUUCAUUCAUGAGUCAAAAAUACUGUAAGAAGUUGAAUCCAAUUGUAGUUCCUUGGAGAAAAGGAUCCCAUAUAUGGAGAAAAAUGCUGCAGUGUAGAGAUGAUAUAGAGCAUCAGAUUCUGUGGCAGCCUAAGAUGGGUUCUUCACUGUUUUGGUUUGAAAAUUGGACUGGACUGGGGGCAUUAUACUUUGUCACUCCACCUGAUUUCUUUUGUAAUGAAUCCAUUCAGAAUGUUAAUGAAGUAGUGCAGGGGGGAAGAUGGAUAAUGCAAUUAUUACCUGCAGAUUUGGCUACUCACAUUCUGCAGAACAUCAAGCCACCUGGGGAAAAUAUAGUGUUAGAUAGACCUUUCUGGAUGUUAGAGACAAGGGGCGAAUUUAGUGUGAGAUCUGCGUGGGAGUAUGUAAGGAGGAGAAAGGAACCAUGCAAUGCUUAUAAAAUGAUAUGGAUCAAAGGUUUGCCAUUUAAGGUUUCAUUCUUCAUGUGGAAGUAUUUCCUUCCUGCUGCUGGUAUUAAAGUUGAAGGUUUAACAUUCCAUCAAGCUAACGUGAAAUGUUGGACUGCCAAGGUGAUUCCCAGACUGCAACCAAUCAUUCAAGCACUACCAUCGAUUAUAGUAUGGGAGUUAUGGAAAAGGAGGAACUCGUACAAAUAUGGAGAUGCAGUUUCAAUGAAUAAGGUGAUAUAUCAGGUAUCUACCACUCUCCAACAUCUGGUAAAAUGUAGAAAACCUAGCUUACAGAAUGUCCCACACAAAUGGCCUGAUCUGAUUGAUAUGAUGGAGCAAUUUACACCUAAGUUGAAAUACACUAAAGUGAUGUGGGAAUAUCCUAACCAAGGCUGGGUGAAGGUCAAUACAGAUGCAACUUGUAGGGGCAAUCCUGGUAGGAGUUCGAUUGGUUUUGUGCUGAGAAAUGAGGAAGGGAAUGUAUUGUAUGCUUGUGGCAAGGAGAUGGAAGAAGGCACAAACACUGAAGCAGAGGUGCAAGCCAUUCUGGAAGCAUUGAGAUACUGUGUUACACAUGACUAUAUUCUCAUCGACUUGCAUACUGAUUCAAUGCUGGUCAAGAAUGUUAUCCUAGGGGAUUGGAACUCACCACGGUCUGUGGUGGUAUAUAUGGAGGAGAUUAAGGAGUUGAUGAAUAGAUGCAAUCUGAAGGUGUCUCAUACAUUAAGGGAGGGUAACCAAUUGGCUGAUCACAUUGCCAAUUAUGCUCUAGACACUGGUCCAAUGGAAUGUAAUGGUUUUGGAGAUUUAGACGUCCAAGGGAGGAAAAUAGUCAAUAGUGAUAAGCUGCAAUGUCCAUACUUAAGAGUAAAGGUUGCAAGAAAUUAG